CACCCUGACAGUGUGUUGGUGACUUGGCUUGAGGCUGCUAAACUCACUGUGGGCUUCCAGGCUCCCUGGAACAUCUCCCACCCAUUCAGUGUGCAAAGGCUGGGCGCGGGCCUCCAGAUUGCCAUGGACAAGGUCAACUCAGAGUCCUCAGACCUUGGAAACUUCAGCUGGGAGUUCACUUAUACCAACUCAACCUGCAGCGCCAAGGAGUCUCUUGCUGUCUUCACCAACCAGGUCCAGAGAGAACAGAUUUCUGCCUUGUUUGUACCAGUGUGCCCGGAAGCAGCAGAGGUUAUUGGUUUGCUGGCUUCUGAGUGGAAUAUCCCCAUGUUUGACUUUGUUGGACAAACAGCGAAACUGGAGAACGACUUCUUGUAUGACACCUAUGUGAAGCUUGUGCCACCCAUGUGUGAACUUGGUGAUGUGCUCCAGAAAACUCUCCAGUACCUGGGCUGGAAACAUGUCGGGAUGUUUGGAGGUCACUCUGGGACUUCCUCCUGGGAUAGAGUGGGUGAGCUGUGGAGGGUUGUAGAGAAUGAACUCAAAUCCCAUUUCACCCUCACUGCCAGGAUCAGAUACACCAACAAUGAUCCAGUCCUCCUGCAAGAAAAUCUUAGGAAUAUAUCAGCAACUUCCAGGGUUAUUAUCUUAAUCUGCAGCUCAGAGGAUGUGAAAACCAUUCUGCUGGCUGCAGAGAACCUGGGACUCCACACAGGAGAAUUCGUCUUCGUCGUUUUGCAGCAGUUGGAGGACAGUUUUUGGAAGGAGGUAUUAACAAAUCAGAAUGGGACACACUUCCCCACCAUCUAUGAGUCUGUGCUUGUCAUCACCCCCAGCUCCUCCGGAGAAGAUCCUGGAGAGGAAGGCUUCCGACAAGAAGUCUACCAAAGGCUGAGAGGGCCACCUUUCCACAGCUCCAUCUCUGCAGAGGAGCAGGUGAGCCCUUACUCUGCCUACCUUCAUGACUCGGUCCUGCUCUAUGCUCAGAGAGUCACCGGCCCAGUGUUUGUGGACUCCCAGGGAGAAAGGUGGGUGGAUUACUCGGUCUAUGCCCUACAGAAAUCCAGCAACGGGUCCCUCUUCCUUCCUGUUCUUCACUACAACAGCCAUCAGAAAGAAAUCAGACCCGUGAGGAAUUUCUCCACUAUUACUUGGCCCCAUGGCUCCCUUGCUGCAGACAGACCUGGCUGUGGAUUUGACGACGAGCUCUGUGAAAGUGAGCUUGCUUUUACAGGUGUGACUGUUCUGAUUCUCCUGAUGACCUUCCUGGUCACUGUCUUGGGAACUGCCAUCAUAGGUCUGAUUUUAAGGAUCCAGAAGGGAAAACUGCAGAGGCAAAAUGGAGACAUUUGGUGGCAGAUCGAUUUUAACGCCAUCACUGUUCUGCCCCAGGACAAGCCACCCCGGAGGGGCACACCUGUGCUGAGAGAGAACAACAGCCAUGGGUCUAGUGUGAAGAUUUCUGGGGACUUCAGCUCCUUUGUCCAGAGUCAGCAGGGGGAAGCGCUCUUUCACGCUCCAGUAGGGCUUUACGAGGGAAACCAUGUGGCCAUCUGCUAUGUUGGUGACCAAGCAGAAGCCAGGAUCAGGAAGCCAUCUGUGCUGCAGGAAAUCCGGCUGGUGUAUGAAUUAAGGCACGAAAACAUUGUUCCCUUCUUUGGUGUCUGCACAGAACCUCCCAACAUCUGCAUUAUCACUCAGUAUUGCAAAAAAGGGAGUCUUAAGGAUGUUUUGAGAAAUUCAAAUAAUGAAAUGGAUUGGAUAUUCAAGCUCUCAUUUGCAUAUGACAUAGUCAAUGGCAUGCUGUUCCUUCAUAGGAGCCCACUGAGGUCCCAUGGAAACCUGAAGCCUUCCAACUGCCUGGUGGAUGGUCGGAUGCAGGUGAAGCUGUCGGGAUUUGGGCUGUGGGAACUCAAGUACGGCCAGACAUACAGAACAUAUAAUGAGAAAACAAAAGACCACUCAGAGCUCUACUGGACCGCCCCAGAGCUGUUGCGGCUCCCAGAGGCGCCCCGGUCAGGCACCCCAAAGGGAGAUGCUUACAGCUUCGCCAUUGUGAUGAGGGAGCUGAUCCACCAGCAUGCGCUCGGGCCUUUUGAGGACCUUGACGAAACACCAGACGAAAUCCUCAGCCGAAUCCGAGACCCCAGGGCAUCAGUUCCACUGCGACCUUCCCUGCAAGAGGACAAGGUCAAUGAGAAGAUUGUGGUCCUGGUGAGAGCGUGUUGGGAUGAGUCGCCUGAGAAAAGACCCACAUUCCUUUCCAUCAAGAAAAUUCUACGAGAUGCCAGCCCCAAAGGCCACGUGAGCAUACUAGACAGUAUGGUGAGCAAGCUGGAAGUGUAUGCCAAUCACCUGGAGGAGGUGGUGGAAGAGAGGACCAACCAGAUGAUGGCAGAGAAGAGGAAGGUGGAUAAGCUCCUGUCCACAAUACUGCCCAGUUUCAUUGGAGAACAGCUUAUAGCUGGAAGGUCUGUGGAACCAGAACAUUUUGAGUCCGUGACCGUCUUUUUCUCUGACAUCGUUGGAUUCACAAAACUCUCUUCUCUCAGUUCUCCCUUGCAAGUUGUGAAGCUCCUCAAUGACCUCUACAGUUUAUUCGAUCACAUCAUUGAAACUUACGACGUGUAUAAGGUCGAAACCAUUGGAGAUGCAUACAUGGUGGCUAGUGGACUUCCCCUCCGCAAUGGAACUCGGCAUGUGGAGGAGAUUGCCACCAUGGCCUUGCACUUCCUCAGUGCCACCGUCCACUUCCAGAUCGCGCACAUGCCUCAGGAGAAGCUCAAGCUCCGCAUCGGCCUCCACACAGGUCCUGUGGUGGCUGGUGUGGUGGGAACCACCAUGCCCAGAUACUGUCUGUUUGGAGACACUGUGAACAUGGCCUCCAGAAUGGAAAGCAGCAGCCUGCCUCUCCGGAUUCACGUCUCUCAGAGCACCGCAGGCGCCCUGCUGGCAUUGGGAGGAUACAAUUUGCAAAAGAGAGGCACCAUUUCAGUCAAGGGCAAAGGAGAACAAACAACUUUCUGGUUGAAAGGCAAAGAAGGCUUCUCUAUUCCCCUCCCCGAAUUUACUGAGGAAGAGGCUGAAAUCCCAGAGGUCUUCUGA